AUGGCGGACGAAGUGUAUGACGGUGCCAUUGGCAUUGAUCUGGGUACCACCUACUCCUGCGUUGCUACGUACGAGGGUACCAAUGUCGAGAUCAUCGCCAACGAGCAGGGUUCUUUCACCACCCCUUCUUUCGUUUCCUUCACCGAUAAGGAGCGUCUGAUCGGUGAGGCCGCCAAGAACAACGCUGCCAUGAACCCCCGCAACACUGUCUUCGAUGCCAAGCGUCUGAUUGGCCGUCGCUUCGACGACCCUACCGUCAAGAAGGACAUCGAGUCUUGGCCCUUCAAGAUCAUCGAUGACAACGGUGCCCCCAAGAUCGAGGUCGAGUACCUCGGCGAGAAGAAGUCCUUCUCUGCCCAGGAGAUUUCCUCCAUGGUUCUCACCAAGAUGAAGGAGAUUGCCGAGGUCAAGCUUGGCAAGAAGGUUGAGAAGGCCGUCAUCACUGUCCCUGCCUACUUCAACGACAACCAGCGACAGGCCACCAAGGACGCCGGUUCCAUCGCCGGUCUCAACGUCCUCCGUAUCAUCAACGAGCCUACUGCUGCCGCCAUCGCCUACGGUCUUGGCUCUGGCAAGUCUGAGAAGGAGCGCAACGUUCUCAUCUACGAUCUCGGUGGUGGUACUUUCGAUGUCUCCCUCCUCAACAUCCAGGGUGGUGUCUUCACUGUCAAGGCCACCGCUGGUGACACCCACCUGGGUGGUCAGGACUUCGACACCAACCUCCUCGAGCACUGCAAGAAGGAGUUCAGCCGCAAGACCAAGAAGGACCUGUCUGGCGAUGCCCGUGCUCUCCGUCGUCUCCGAACUGCUUGCGAGCGUGCCAAGCGUACCCUCUCUUCCGGUGCCCAGGCCACCAUUGAGAUUGACUCUCUCUUCGAUGGUGAGGACUUCACCAUGUCCAUCACCCGUGCCCGUUUCGAGGACCUUAACGCCAAGGCCUUCUCUGGCACCAUCGAGCCCGUUGCCCAGGUUCUCAAGGACGCCGCUAUCGAGAAGAGCGCCGUUGACGAGAUCGUCCUGGUCGGUGGUUCCACCCGUAUCCCCAAGAUCCAGAAGCUCCUGACCGACUUCUUCGAUGGCAAGAAGCUUGAGAAGAGCAUCAACCCCGAUGAGGCUGUUGCCUACGGUGCCGCCGUCCAGGCCGGUAUCCUCUCCGGAAAGGCCACCUCCGCCGAGACCGCCGACCUCCUCCUCCUGGAUGUCGCCCCCCUGUCCCUCGGUGUCGCCAUGGAGGGCAACAUCUUUGCUCCCGUCGUUCCCCGUGGAACUAGCGUGCCAACAUUGAAGAAGAGAACCUUCACCACUGUCAGCGAUGGUCAGCAGAGCGUUCAGUUCCCCGUCUACCAGGGUGAGCGUGUCAACUGUGAGGACAACACCUCCCUGGGUGAAUUCACUCUUGCCCCUAUCCCUCCCAUGCGGGCUGGUGAGGCCGUGCUCGAGUGUGUCUUCGAGGUCGACGCCAACGGUAUCCUUAAGGUGACUGCCACUGAGAAGACCUCUGGCCGCAGCGCCAACAUCACCAUUGCCAACUCUGUCGGCAAGCUCUCCACCGAUGAGAUUGAGAAGAUGAUCAGCGACGCCGAGGCCUUCAAGACCAACGACGACGCUUUCCAGAAGCGAUUCGAGGCCAAGCAGCAGCUUGAGUCUUACAUCAGCCGUGUCGAGGAGAUUGUCUCCGAUCCUACUCUGUCCCUCAAGCUCAAGCGAGGCCAGAAGGAGAAGAUCGAGAACACCAUCAGCGACGCCAUGGCUGCUCUUGAGCUCGGCGACAGCUCUGCUGAGGACCUCAAGAAGCAGGAGCUCGCCCUCAAGCGCCUUGUCACCAAGGCCAUGUCCUCCCGAUAA